CAAGACGGCAACCAACCUGCAGCCAAGGCAGGGGCGGCGGGCCGGCGGCUACGGAGGGGAGCUAGAGCUAGAGACGGUCGAUGGCCGUGUCACGCUCCGGCACGGCGGGCGUGGCCGCCGCCGGCGACGCGACCGAGGACGCCGACCGAGCGCGGCUGCACCAGCUCGGCUACAAGCAGGAGCUCAAGCGCGGCCUCUCCCUCAUGUCCAACUUCGCCUUCUCUUUCUCCAUCAUCUCCGUCAUGGCCGGCGUCACUACGACCUACAACGGCGGGCUGCGCUACGGCGGGCCGGCGUCCAUGACCCUCGGGUGGCUGGUGGUGGCGUUCUUCAACGGCUGCGUCGCGCUGUCCAUGGCGGAGAUCUGCUCCGCCUACCCGACCUCCGGCGGGCUCUACUACUGGAGCGCCAAGCUCGCCGGCGAGGAGUGGGCGCCCCUUGCCUCCUGGGUCACCGGCUGGUUCAACAUCGUCGGACAGUGGGCUGCUACCACGAGCACGGACUUCUCCCUGGCGCAGCUAGUCCAGGUGAUCGUCCUGCUCGGCACCGGCGGGGCCAACGGCGGCGGGUACACGGCCUCCAAGUACGUCGUGCUGGCCAUGCACGGCUUCUUCCUCGUCCUGCACGGCCUCAUCAACAGCCUCCCCAUCCGCUGGCUGUCCUGGUUCGGCAAGCUCGGCGCGUUCUGGAACACGGCGGGCGCGUUCACGCUGGUGAUCCUCAUCCCGGCGGUGGCCAAGGAGCGGGCGAGCACCAAGUUCAUCUUCACGCACUUCAACGACGACAACGGCAUGGGGAUCCACGGCAAGGCCUACAUUCUCGCCCUCGGCCUCCUCACCAGCCAGUACUCUCUGCUCGGCUACGACGCGUCCGCUCACAUGAUUGAAGAGACGAAGAACGCGGACUGGAGCGGGCCGAUGGGGAUCAUCAGCUCGGUGGCCCUGUCGACCACGUUCGGGUGGAUCUUCCUGGUGGCGCUGACAUCGAUCGUGACGGACAUCCCGUACCUGCUCAGCCCGGACAACGACGCCGGCGGCUACGCCGUCGCUCAGGCCCUGUACGCCGCGUUCGACAGGCGGUACGGCAGCGGCGUCGGCGGGCUGGUCUGCGUCGGGGUCGUCGCCGUCGGCAUCUUCUUCGCCGGCGCCAUGUGCAUCGCCAGCAACUCGAGGAUGGGGUACGCCUUCUCCAGGGACAGGGCGAUGCCGUUGUCGCGCGUGUGGCUCCGUGUGAGCAAGAACGAGGUGCCCCUCAACGUCGUCUGGCUCUCCGUCGUCGUCGCCUUCGUCAUGGCCCUCACGUCGCUGGGGAGUGCGGUGGCGUUCCAGGCGAUGGUGUCGAUCGCGACGCUGGGGCAGUACAUCGCCUACGCGCUGCCCAUCUUCUUCCGGGUGACGACGGCGAGGAGGUCGUUCGUCCCGGGGCCGUUCCACCUCGGGAGAUACGGGGUCGUCGUCGGCUGGGCCGCCGUCCUCUGGGUGGCCUUCCUCACCGUGCUCUUCUCGCUGCCGGUGGCGUACCCGGUGGCCAAGGACAACUUCAACUACACGCCGGUGGCCGUCGGCGGCGUGCUGCUGCUCAGCGUCGGCGCAUGGGUGGUCAACGCGAGGUUCUGGUUCCAGGGGCCCAUCACCAAUGUCGACUUGUAGCUAGGGACCAAACAACUCACGUGUCGCUUAGCUUCUCGUUUGGAACUUUGCAUUGUACAGUAUAUAUGUGGGUGUCGCUUCUCGUUUGCAACUUUGUUUCUUGUUUGA